AUGGGUAACGUACCCACCACAGUAAAGCAUUGCCUGAGCUACGAGCAACUGGUCCGGGAUUACCCGUGGCUUAAACGCUGGCUGCAAGAGGAAAAGAGCAUCGCGGCACAUGGGUACCCGGAGUUUGUUAAAAUUGUUGAAGUUGGGCCGAGAGAUGGACUUCAAAAUGAAAAGGAAAUCGUUCCGACGGGGGUCAAAAUCCAGCUGAUAGACAUGCUCUCAGAAACAGGCCUGUCUGUGAUCGAGGCCACCAGCUUUGUCUCUUCAAAGUGGGUACCGCAGAUGGCGGACCACAGUGAUGUACUUCGAGGAAUCAAGAGAUCACCUCAUGUUCAGUAUCCAGUUCUAACACCCAACAUGCAUGGCUUUCAAGAUGCUGUUGCAGCUGGUGCCACUGAAGUGGCUGUCUUCGGGUCGGCAUCUGAGACCUUCAGCAGAAAAAACAUCAACUGCUCCAUCGAUGAAAGCAUGCUUAGGUUUGAGGAAGUCAUUAAUACCGCCAAGGAGCGACAAAUUCCAGUCCGCGGAUACGUUUCUUGUGCUCUGGGAUGUCCUCAUGAGGGACACAUAGAACCCUCCAAAGUUUCAGAGGUUGCAAAGCGGUUAUAUGAAAUGGGUUGCUACGAGGUUUCCCUUGGGGAUACCAUUGGUGUUGGCACACCAGGUUCCAUGGUUAAGAUGCUGGACAGUGUGAUGCGGGAGGUACCCAGCAGUGCUUUGGCAGUUCAUUGCCAUGACACCUACGGGCAAGCACUGGCCAACAUCCUUACUGCUCUACAGAUGGGGGUUAGUGUGGUGGAUUCCGCAGUAGCUGGUCUGGGAGGGUGCCCGUACGCUCCGGGUUCAUCUGGCAACGUCUCAACAGAGGAUGUUCUGUACAUGCUCCACGGCAUGGGCAUCGAGACGGAAGUAGACCUCCCCAAGGUAAUAGAGACCGGUGACUUUAUCUGCAAUGUCUUACACCGCAAGACAAACUCCAAGGUUGCCCAAGCGAGAGGCAUGUCUCCGUGA